CCGCCUAACACACGCGCUCGGACCACUGGCUACUCAGCAUCACUGGUCCUGACCGGACACAUGGUGAAUAGAGCGAGCGCGACAUGCUCAACACGUAAUCAUCACGAUGUCAUCCUUCUUAUAGAGUUUCGAAUGUGUUACGGGGUAAUAUAAUCAUAAUCCGGACCCGGAUCUACGAGAUCAAUUCAUUUAUUUCACGAGUGAAAGACAAUUGCAAAUAAAUUGUUAGUGCUUUCGGCAGGAACUUGCGAUCUGCAGAAGAGUGUCGUGAGUUGAACAGCAAUCAAAAAAUUACAGAAAAAAAAAGCAUGAUGUGACAGCGAAGCAGUACCUCCGAAGAGAGAAAUAUUUUUGUUGGUUGGGUCCUGUGGAGAAGUCCAACGAGAACGAGCCAAAAUGCGUAUCAAAAUGCCAGCAGUCAGGAUAGCGCAAGCAGAUGCAGAUGGGGCAGAUCUAGGAGAUCACCAGGACAUUUUGACAUGUGGAGCAUGCCAAAAGCCCUUCGCCCUUUCGGAUAUCGUUCGCUUCAUCCAACACAAAGUCACCUCCUGCAACAAGGAAAAUUUUGCAGGAGGACAUUGCUUCGCCGUAAGCGGAGAUCGCGAAAGGGACAACGACGAUGGCCCUUUGCCUCUUUCCACCAUCAAUACCAGAAGACCGAGUAUCUCGGCCCCCAUAUCUGGAAAGAAAGUGAUCGGAAACAGCAGCAGGGUUCAUACGCCACCCCCUGCUUCUCCUCGGCUACCAGCACCAGGCGACCUCUGCGUGGACGGCGCCGCUUCCUCCACUCCAAAGAGGAGAGUGUCAAGUUCACCGCUGAUGUCGUCCAGCCCGGAUGAUGCUGAAGACAUCAAGCCUGUUAUCAAACAAGAGCGAAUGGACACAACGUCCUCACCAGAUGAGAACAACCAUAAAAAGUCGAGGACGGAAGUUGCAGACGCCGAAUCCAAUACAACGAAUAGUGAACCGAGUAACUACGUUUGUUCCACGUGCAAACUCCGCAUGCAUUCAGCUUGGAGACUUAUGCAGCAUGUGCAGCACGCUCACGGUGUAAAAAUAUACGUUGAGUCUUCGUCAGGUGGUAGCAGCAAAACUAGUAAUAAUCAUAGUUCGAGCAGUUCUAGUAGCACUUCUUCUGGUUGUUCGUCAGGUGGUCCGCCACCUCCUCCCAACGCGUUUAAGCAUCAUCUGCUUCCUCCACCUGAUUUUCAAAACCCUUUCAGCGUUGGCGGUUUAUUGCGUCUCCCUCUACCGCCCCUUAAUCACGGUCCCGUUCCUCCCACACCUCUCUUUCCGCGACCUGAACAUCAUUUUCGAAUGGAACAACUAGUCAACGAGCAGUUCCGUCACCACGGACUAAAUCUGGCCGCUGCAGCAGCCGCAGUUGCUGCAAGCGGUGGCCUACCAGCGACUCAUGGCAGUUUUCCUUCUCCCGCCGAACGUCCACCCACAGUUCCUACGGUCUCGGCAAGGGAUCGCAGUACACCAAGUCAACCGUUAUCAUUGGAGCCCCAUAUGGAUUUUUACUCGCAGCGGUUGCGGCAGCUGGCUGGAACUACUAGUCCCGGAACAGCUCAGACAGGAUCUCCGUCUCCUCGCAAACAUUCACCAUCGUUUGCAAGUCCUUCGCCGUCUCAACUUCCCACCACUGGCAUCACGAAUUCCAACAACGUUAGCAGCAGUAGUAGCAUCAAUAACAACAAUAAUAAUAACAACAACAACAACAACAAUAAUAACAGCAGCAACAGUGGAACAACGGGAAGUCCGGAACACAGUGUUACCCCUCCGGUUAAAAACGACGAAGAGCCGCAACCGCUGACAGUCACUCCAAGAUCGUCAUCUACACCUCCAACAAGUAAACCAAUGUCUCCAAAAAACUUAAGCAGCGAUGAAGCUUCUAAUGCUUGUGAUUAUUGUGGGAAAAAAUUUAGGUAUCAGCACAAUUUAGAAGCUCAUAAGAAAACUCACACCGGUGAGCUUCCAUAUAAGUGCACGGUGUGUGACCACGCAUGUGCCCAGAGUUCGAAACUUAAGAGGCACAUGAAAAUACAUAGAACGCCCGAAGAUAGAACUAGCAAUGCAGGAUCGGUGGAAACGUUAGAUGGGGAAGAGAGUGAAGAAGAGGAGGAAGAAAUGGACGAAGAGGAAGAGGAAGAUGUAGACGGUGAAGAAGAGGAAGCUGAAGAUUUAAGUGUCCCUAGUCAAGUUCCUCCAAAAAACGCGUCGCCAUCAACUUCUCUAGUAGGGGAGUUGAUGGAUAAAUUUGGUCUCAGUAACAUUGCGCAGUACAAUGAAGCCUAUAAACAGGCGUUACAGGAAUCUAAUUCCGCACUCAAAUUACACAUGGCUAGUAAAGAUAGGGAUAAUAACAAUCGCACUAGUCUUCCUAAUCCACAUAAACUAAGAGAGGAAUACGUCAAAUCUUUACUUCCUGGACCACCACCACAACCAUUACCAAUGUUUGGUCCCUUUGGCGAUGCCUACGAUACCAACAAGAGGAUCAAAUUGGAAAUGGAACGCAGUGAUUGGUGGCUACCAGGAUUAAAUAGGAACGAGAACAAAACGAGCCCUGGUCCCAGUGCCCUUUUACCAGGGCCCCUUUUGAAAAAGGACAGUCGAAGAAAUGACACGUGCGAGUUUUGCGGCAAGGUGUUUAAAAAUUGUUCAAAUUUAACUGUUCAUCGGCGCUCUCAUACCGGUGAGAAACCGUAUAAAUGUGAACUUUGUUCUUACGCUUGUGCGCAAAGUUCGAAGCUAACCAGACACAUGAAGACGCACGGACGUUUAGGUAAAGACGUCUAUAGAUGUCGCUUUUGCGAAAUGCCCUUUUCGGUACCUUCGACGUUGGAGAAGCACAUGCGCAAAUGCGUGGUGAACCAGGGAAAGGCGCACCUGCUUCCCAACGUUCCCAUGUUAUCUGGGGAUGAAGACUCUUCGACUAGUAUCGCUUCUAAGGAAGCCUCAUGACUCUUCUCGUGGGGUGGUUUACGUUUACCACCGCCACCACCUCCACCACCGAGUCUUACGUACUAGUCGAAAAGAACUUUAGCCAAAUGCGGUGGUCAAAGUUUUCUUAAAAAUGUUACCAGUUUUAUUAGCUUCUACUUAGGUUAAUCCGUACGAACGCAUUUUAUUUUUUAGCUUUAUAUAUUCUACUUAUUGUAAAUGUAUGUAUACAUGUUCCUUACUUUUUUCACAAGUUCCAUUCCGUGAUCCUGUGGGAGAAGCAUUUUGGUAAUUUUAUUCCAUUUUUUACGGUAAUACUGUUACGUAUGCCAGUAAUUGAUCUAAGGAGGAGCUUUAUAAAUGCAGUACAAUUGACCACUAUUAAUUAAUAUAUAAUAUAAAUAUAUUCAAAUGUUAUUUUCAUUAUUACGUAGAAUCAAUGUAACUGAUACCAAAGCAUUGUAUAAUUUUGAUAGUUAUUACCAUUAGCUACUAUAUGAUUAUUAGUUAUUAUUGAUCCCUGUACAUUUGUAUUAUUUAGUUUUAGGUUGUUGUUUGAGACUGAAGGGCUCAGAGACUGUUGCGCAGCUAACUUUUAAUAUCAAUUAGGUUGGUUGUUAAUCUGUCUUAAGGGCCUACUGUACAUUCCCACACCAUAUCACUAUUGGCCAGUUAUAUUCAACGUGUACAUAGUAUUUAUUGAUUUCUAUUCCACUUAACUAGCUCGAAUGGAACACGAGAAAUGACACCGAAAGAUGAAUUAGUUAAACUGAAUCAAUGCAGUGAAAAAGAAAUUUCAAUUAUUAUCAAUUAUUUUGAUUUUAUAAAUUUUCGAAAAAGUUGGAAAGAAUAUACAUGUAUUGUUUCUUUAUUUUGUUUUAGGAUAAAUUCGUUGAAAUUUGUUCGUAUUUUGUUGUAUUUAUAUCUAUUAUCUACAUGUAAACAUUAUACAUAAUUAAUUCUUUCGUAUUUUUUCGAUAAGUUUAUGAAAUUAAAUAAUUCGUAAUAGUAGACAAAAAUUUUGUUGAAUUAUUUUUUUCUCUAAAUGGUACACUAGUAGAUGUACAUAUACAAAUACAAUUUCUUUGUCGUGUUCCAGCAGAGCUGUAGUUGUUCCGUGAUCUUCGGAUUAUCUGUACAAAACAAACACAAAACGAAAUUGAUGCAAAGAGCCUGUUACUUACCAAUUUUAGUUUUAUCUCCUAAUUAAUGUUUUUGAAGUUGUUGUUGGUGUUAGGAGCGGGUGUGUUGUGUGUCUGUCCACAGCAUCGUCGCGUCUCGUUCUUCUGACGAGAUUGAGGGUAAGCGAAAG